AUGGCUUUGCGGAGGAAUGUGCACAGCGCGGAGUCCCUGCGCUCCGGCCUUUCGUUCCUUCUGCGUGCCGCGUCCUCGGGCAAUUUGGACGAUCUGCGCGGCGUCGCUGAGGAAUUGCAGCAGGCCCUCCAGGUUGCUGAGUCCGAAGUCAAGACCGAGCCGGGGACCGACUCGCAACUGACAUCGGUGCAGCGGCAGCUGAAGCCUGAGCUGCUGCAGAAGAUGGAGCUGCUGAACGCAACCGUGCAUGCCCAGCAGGAAGAGCUACUCAAGCUCCGCGAUCAGAAGAAGGAGGAAGCCCAGCAGCCCGUGCCGCAGAAGGAAACCCAGCAGCCCGCGCCGCAGAAGGAAGCCCAGCAGCCCGCACCGCAGAAGGAAGCCCAGCAGCCCGCGCCGCAGAAGGAAGCCCAGCAGGUCGCGCCGCAGAAGCCGGCUGAUCCUGCUGCUGUGGUGCCGUCGUGUCAUGCAGAGGUUCUAAAGAGCCCCGGAUCCCGGGGAGCCAAGCGCCCUCACCCUGUGACUCCAGAGAAGCCCAAGAAACCCUCAAAGGAACCUUCUGAGACUGAUGGUGCCGAGCAUGAUGAGGAUGAUGAGCCCCCCAAAGUGCUGAACUUUGGCACCCUUAGCAAGCUUGAGAAAGAGAAGGUCAGAAGGAUCUGUACCCCGAAACGGGGUUCAGGGAACUUGGAGGUGCCAGAAAACAUCUUCGAUAUGUGGCGGGAUUGCGCAAAGGGGCGGGACAACUUGCUGCGCAUGUGGGCCAAAUCCGGAGGUGUCAAGGCAGGCGGCUUCUACAGUAAAGAAGAUAUGAAAACCGAGCUGGGGUACUCGGCGUCCCGGAUCGAGAAAAUCGUCGCCUGGGCCGAGAAGAAAGAUCUGUGUCAGCCGAGAACCUGUGAGUACGAUGACGAGACGCUGGAGUACUGGGUGAACACGCGCACCAGCGGAACCAUGACAAAGGAAGACCUCGAGAUGAUGGAGCGCCAGCAGCACUUUGAGGGCGAGGGCGGGACCGACAUCAACUUCAAGCCGAGGUUGAACAUGGAUGGCUUUGAGUUCUCUGAUGAUGACGAUAUGGUGCACGCCGGCACGAAGGACUUGGAGGGCGAUCACCAUAAGAGUGCUCCCCGGGUCAUGAUUUCAGAGGUUGCAUCGCAAAUCAAAGAGUACAUGAAAAACGUGCUCAAGGGCAAGAACUCCCUAGAGGGGCUCCAGGACAAGAUCAAGGCGUCAGGAGGUGCCGACGCAAAGGCAAACCAGAGUACCAAGAAGAUGGAUGCCCUGGUUAAAGAGUUCGACACCCUCUACGAGGAAAUGUCGGAGGCGAAGGCUGAGGGCGGAACUUCCGGCUACGGGGAGAAGUUAUCGGGCUGCAGAUGUUUGGGGCAAGCUUGGAACGGGCUAAGGCUUCAGAGCGAGUGCAAGACCUACUUCGUCAGGGCUCAGAAGCUGAUGGCCAGAUCUGCAGCCGCGGAGGCUGCCCAGAAGCUUCUAGUCGAAUGGAUAUCGAAGGGUGCACGGGGCAUGGGGAUUUUCGGCAGCCACAACAACGCGAACAUCAGCCAGCAAGUCCGUCUCAUCGCUACGAAGUAUGGAAAAGCUGGUGCUAAUCGGGUAGCCCUGGAGAGCCCCAUGAGUGAUAAGCUGGAUAUCUUCCCAUGGAGUGAAUCAGAGGAUGAAGCAAUCCAACAAGAUUCUGAUGUCGAUAUGGCAUGUUCUCCCACCUCCUGUGCCACUACACGGACGAGGGAGCCUGACUCCCCGUGCUGCUCGCCAGGCCAUUGUAGCGUGGGCCUUGAUCAGAGACUCAUCCCCGAAACCGCACUGGCAUCGAAAAUAUUGUGGCACUGCAUGAAAACUGUCAACUGCAUCCGAGAAGAGAAUGGCGGCCGUUCUUUGUGCGUGUUCAAGCUCGGCCUAACUUCGAAUCCACUUCAGCGUCGACAGAGCUACCUCGAACAGAAUUUUAUGUCUUUCGUGGUGAUACACAAGGUUUGCCGACUAGAAUUGCUCGCCAUGUUGGAGAUGCUUGAAGCCGCCCUCAUUGCGGAGUUUCAUGACAAUCAGCGCUGCUGCCGAAACCAUCAGCUGGGUGGGGAGAGUAUGCGAAGGAAAGAUGAUUGGCUUGUUCAUGCUGUCUCGCUGUCGAUGCUAGAGCUAGUCCCCGCCAAAGAUCUGGUCCAGGAUGCCCGCGCAGCUGUGAAGCAAGAUCCUUGCGAGGUGCUGGCCAAGAUUGCCAACAUUGACUUGUCUAGUGCUGAUGCUCCCCUCUACGAGUUGCUGCAGAAAUAUGAACUGGGCUUGCCUAUUGACUUCAGCUGGCAGCGGGCUGGUAAUGUGAAUAGGUACCCUUUCAUAAAGCCCAAGGCCCAGCUGGAGGCUAUGAGUGCGGAGGGCUACUUCCAUCGAGUAUUGGGGGUACCUGUUCACUUAGCAUCUGAGUCACUUGCUUUGUUUUGGGCAAAGUUCCGGGUACUGCACCCUCAACACCAAAUAUUCCAGACCCCCGACCUGGAUUACGAGAAGCUAAUCCCGUACUACUUGCAUGGUGAUGGCGGGCGAGGCUACAAGAAGGAUCCCAUCGAGAUCUUAACUAUGUUCCCAGCCCUUGGUAGUGGGUCGCGGAAGAGAUCUAUUGACUUAAGUUCGAAGCGACCAGCUGAAGAAGCAAUCGAGCUUGGUAUCAACUUGACAGGUAAUUCUGGUGCCACGCGGUUUCUGUUCUCUGUUGUCAGCAGUUUGGUGGCUAAGACUGAUGGCCAAGUUUUCGAGGAUCUCAUGGAAAUCUGGGGUCAGGAGUUGCAGUCGCUCCUGGAGCAUGGUUUUCAUGCCCAGGAGAGCACCUGGCGCGUUGCCAUUCUGGGCUUCACCGGGGAUUCUCCCUUCGUCAAGAAGGUCGCAAAGACUACGCGUUCGUUUCAUAAUGUUCGUAAGCGAUUUUCUUCAAAGGGCGUGCAGAAAGGAUGCUGUUGGCUCUGUCACGCCGGCUACGAAUCGGCGGACGGCAAUAUUCAUAUUCCUUUCGAACACCUUGGAUUGAAAGGACCUGCAUGGCUUCAGACUUGCAGACUGCAGAACCCGCUGCCGUGGCAGGAUGGCGGAGGUGCACUGAUGCAGCACAUGUUGUAUGAUACGGCCGACACGCCUGCAGCAUUCUUCAAAGCGGAUUUUUUUCAUGUUUGGCAUGCUGGUGUGGGCCAGGAUUUUAGUUCGAGUGGUCUUGUGUACGCAAUGAAAGCCCUCUUUGCAUUGGGAAGUGUGCCCAAAGAUUUGGAUUGCCUCAAUACCAUGCUCAAGCAAUACCAGACAAGAUCAAAGGACAAGCUUCACUGCGGAAAGCUUACUGAGGAUCUCCUGGGAUACAACAGUACGAGAGACUACCCAGAGGGGAAGUGGUCCAAAAAUCUGGAUACUGCGGUGAUCGUGAGGUUUAUCAUUUACUUGCUUGAGCUGCCCGAAUAUCGUGCCACGGUCCAGAACGACGAGAUCCUACGGCUGAUACUGGCAGCUUCAAAAGCAAUGGGACACGUGAUAUCAACAAGCCUGCGUGCUGAGUAUUUCAUGUCCCCUGGGCAUACGGAAACUGUCCUGCAGAGCGGUUACGCCUUUCUUAUGGACUACUCGGCCCUGGUUUCCAAGUGCUAUGAUCGAGCGCUGUGCUUAUUCAAGCUGCGCCCAAAAAUCCAUUAUUUGAACCAUAUCUUUUUACGAAUCUACGAGGAGUGGCUGUCCGAGGGCUUCGCCGUCAAUCCUUUGGCGGAGGCCACUUUCAUGAGUGAAGAUUUCGUUGGCAGGGCGGCUCGUGUCAGCCGCCGGGUAAGUACCCGUGCUGUUGCUAUCAAGACGUUGCAGAGAUAUAUCUUCCUCAUGAAAGCUGCCCUGGAUAGAGAUAGCUUCGAGAUGCUGGAUCUCAGCAUGUUGGCUUGA